AUGUACAAACUCCCACAUUAUCAAAACUUAACGGUAAAGAAAUUCAGCCUCGUCUCUUUCCCUUCCCAAUAUUCUUUCUUUCACUCUUUCUUUCUUUCUCUCUUUCUUUCUUUCAGUCUUUUCAUAUCUAUCUAUCUAGCUAUCUAUCUAUCUAUCUAUCUAUUCAUAUCUAUAUAUCUAUAUGUGUCUUCUCUCUUUAUAUCUCCCUUCUUAUUCACUUGCUCAUCUAUCUAUCUAUAUCAUUCUGUUUAUAUCUAUCUAUCUAUCUAUCUAUCUAUCUAUCUAUCUAUGUCAUUCUGUUCAUAUCUAUCUAUCUAUCUAUCUAUCUAUCUAUCUAUCUAUCUAUCUAUCUAUCUUACGCCAUUCUGUUCAAAUCUACCUAUCGAUGUUAUUCUGUUCAACUCUAUUUAUCUAUUUCAUUCUGAUCAAACCUAUCUAUCUAUAUUUUUCUUUCUUUCUUUGUUUCUGUCCUCUUUUCAACUUUCUUCUGUUACAAACGAAAGAAUUUUUUGUGCAUUUUCUAAAGCAGAAUGGCAUCAACGAUUUUUCAUCCUGACGCUUCCAACACAGCUAUCACUCUACGCCAUGUUGACUGACAAUCGAUUAGAUAAAACCUAUUCUCGUUUUUCUCCCUCUUCUUUUACGAGUUUCUUUCGUAAAGGCUAUCACCAAGACAGAUUUCUGAGUAAAAUACAUAUUUGA